AUGGCAAAAGAAUCAACUACGAUCAACGCACUUGUAUGGCAUUUCCCGAUAAGGGCCAAGGAAGAUGUCAAGGCAGCAACCAAGGAGAGCCUUCUGGUCAUAGACAGUAAUACUCGGUCGGAAAUGCACCUACUCACUGGCACUCUGCAAGCCGAUGGGCAUCAGCUCCGGAGCUAUGCUUAUAGCCUGACAGCGCAGAAAAAAGGACGUAGCAAAGACGAGGACAGCAGUGAAAGCGCCUCCCAGAGCAGCGCCUCUUGCUCCACAAAGCCUCCGAAAGCGAGUAAGAGCAAUCAGCAGGACGUCGCGGGCACCAGCAAGGCCUCGACCGAGUCCACGGGGACCAAGGUGAAGCAGCUAACCGAAGCGACCCUGGGUCCGGAUGAACUACAAAAGGAGUUUGACGAUCAGGAGAGCUACGUUGUGCUCGCCAUCGAUCCAGAUAUUAAAAGCACCGCGAUGGCUGUAAUCGUGGAUUCGCCUAUACCUGAAGAGUCCUGGAACCUGUCGUUGUCCAAGGGAUGCCAUACCUGGAACAGCUGGCGACACGAAACUGUUAAGGCACCUCAAAAAAGACAAACGAAUUGA